GUUUGCGGCCUACGCCACUUAUUGAUCGGAAAUGUCCAUCGCGAGAACGGACGCCGCUUCGUCCGGCGGCGGCUUCGACCAAACGUGCUGGACGCCCAUGCCGCCCUGCGAUAGCUUCAUGCCGUGGAGCGAGCCAUCCUCGCACCCGACGGCCAUGGUGGCCUCGUCCAGGGAUACCGCGAUGGCGUUGAUCGGGGACUUCGGCUUCUUGUCGCUGGGGCACCUGUGUCGAACGCAGUUGUGUUGGGGGAAGGUAGGAGAGCGCGGUUGCCAUUGUGAUGCGGGGGUGUGA